AUGGCAUCUUUAGGACUACAGAUCCUGGGAGUCGGCCUGGCGGUGCUUGGAUGGGUGGGAAACAUAAUCAUCUGUAUCCUGCCUAUGUGGAAAGUGUCCGCAUUCGUUGGGAACAACAUUGUGGUUGCACAAACCAUCUGGGAAGGACUGUGGAUGACCUGCGUGGUGCAGAGCACGGGGCAGAUGCAGUGUAAGGUCUACGACUCUCUGCUGGCCUUGCCCCCGGACCUGCAGGCGGCCCGGGCCAUGGUGGUCAUCGCCAUCCUGCUCUCCCUGUUUGGCCUCCUGCUCUCCGUCGUGGGUGGGAAAUGCACCACUUGCGUGGGGGAUCGAGCGGCAAAAGCCAGAGUGGCCAUCUCUGCGGGCGCCUUCUUCAUCCUGAGCGGGGCCCUGUGCUUGGUGACGGCGUGUCUGCCUGCCAACACCAUCAUAAAGGACUUCUACAACCCCAUGGUCCCUGACGCGCAGAGGAGGGAGCUGGGCGCGUGCUUGUACGUGGGUUGGGGUGCGUCAGGGCUGCUGCUGAUGGGAGGUGUGCUUCUCUGCUGCCAGUGCCCAUCUAAGGAGGACAGGUACAACGGAGCGAAGUAUUCUCCACCCAAGUCUACAACGCCAGGGAGGGAAUUUGUCUAA